ACGCCUUCCUUUCAAGGACCGGAAGUGUAGUCGGCAGAGCAGUUUGGGCGCUUGUUUUCCUGGCUUGUGGCACCUCCGAGCUUGGGUUCGUAUAUCAGCGUCUUGGCUCGCGCUUCGCUUACCCUAGGCCAUAGUAAUGGGGGACUCCAAGGAGGUCGGAGCUGAGGCCUCGCCGGUGGGGGAUGCUGCUCGAGGGGGGCUCAGCCUCCUGUCUCAGGGAGAGCCGGAGGAACCUUCUGCACAGGAAUCAGCUUUAUUUCUUGGAGGCAAUGAAGUGAAGAGCCGAGCUGUGGUGAAAUACUCUUCUGCCCCUCCUCGAACAGCAUUUGCACAACUUGAAGAGAAAACAGACUUAAAACUCCCACCUGCCAACUGGUUACGAGAAAGUGCCAAACUAGGGCCAGCAGGAACUACCAUUCUUGGGAAUAGUAAGAAAAGCAAACCAUUUUCAAGCUUUGGCAUGGCAUAUGACUUUAUUGAUUCUGUGGGAAAUGAUGUGGAUGUUGUCUCUGAUUCAGAAAACAUAAAAAAGCUCCUGAAGAUUCCCUACAGCAAGUCCCAUGUAAGCAUGGCAGUACAUCGCGUAGGAAGGACCCUCUUAUUAGAUGAGCUGGAUAUUCAGGAACUCUUCAUGAGAUCAUCUCAGACUGGUGAUUGGACAUGGUUGAAAGAGUUUUACCAAAGAUUGAUCGAUCAGAAAUGGCAAAGGAAGAAAAAGAGCAAGGAGCACUGGUAUCAGAAGGCUAUUCUUUCCAAGUUUUUAUAUUACAGUAUCAAUGGUGAUGGAGCUGCCCAGCCUGUCCCGUCUGCUGCAGAACAGCAGGAGUCCCCCAGUUCCGAUCAGACACAUGACUCAGAAGGUGUUUCAUGGCCUGCUCCCUUUGAAAUGCCUUCCUCUGUUUCUGAAGACCCCAGUGCUUCCGGUCAGGAAAGUGAGCCUCUUGAGCCCUCAUACAUAGUGGGGCAGGUGGCCUCAGCAUCCAAAGAACAAAACCUGAGUACUUUGUUCAAUGACGGGGAGAACAGUCAGGGUCUUAAAAAUGAUUUUGUUCGGAACAUUCUGUGGACAUUUGAAGAUAUCCAUAUGUUGGUUGGAUCUAACAUGCCUAUAUUUGGCGGAGGCAGAUACCCAGCCGUCAGUUUACGUCUCAGGGAUAACAACAAACCAAUUAAUGUGCUAACUGGAAUUGACUAUUGGUUGGACAACUUGAUAUGCAAUGUACCAGAGCUUGUGAUGUGUUUUCAUGUAAAUGGAAUCGUACAGAAAUAUGAAAUGAUAAAGACAGAAGAGAUUCCCAAUUUGGAAAACUCUAACUUUUCAACUAAAGUCAUAAAAGACAUCGCACAGAAUAUUUUGUCAUUUCUAAAAUCUAACUGUACCAAAGAAGGACAUACAUAUUGGCUCUUUAAAGCAAGCGGCAGUGAUAUAGUGAAGCUCUAUGAUCUCACUACACUUUGUGAAGAAACUGAAGACAAAUACCAGAAUCCAUUCACAAUGCCAGUGGCCAUUCUUUUAUAUAAGGUUGCUUGUAACAUGAUGAUGAAGAAGAAUCAAAAUAAGAAACACUAUGGGACUAUUAGAACAUUACUCCUUAAUUGUGUUAAGUUGCUGGACAAAAGCAGACAUCCCCAAAUUAUUGCUUCAGCCAAUUACAUGCUUUCAGAGCUUUUUCAAUUGGAUGAACCUAAAAAAGAAGAAAGUUCAGAAUCUCCUUUAAAUGAGAAUUCUGAUGAAAGUUACAGUGAAGAGGAAGAGGAGAUGCCAGACAGCGAUGAAAACGGAUCCUACAGUACCAGCUCUGAUCCAUCAGAUGAUAAUAAAGCAGUAGCUAUAAUUAAGUCUGUUGGAGAAUUGUCAGUACCAGAAAAAUACAAAUCCAUUCAUCAGAUCAGACCCAGUUGUGCAUUUCCAGUUUGCCAUGACACAGAAGAACGCUGUAGACUUGUGCUUAGCUAUGUUCUAGAGGGUUUAAAAUCUGUAGAUAGCAGCAUCAAAAAGGAAAGUGACCUUCCGGCAGCUGAUCCCAACACCCCGAUCCCCUUAAAAUAUGAAGACGAAGACGAAUCUACAAGGGGGGGUCCCGAGGGGCUAGAGAAGCAGAUGGCCUUGUUUUUGGACAAAAUGGGCUCUCUUCAGAAGCGCAACUACUCCAGUCAAUCUGGAAUGAUCCCUGGUUCUUGGCAACAUAAAAUGAAACUUCAGCUGAUUCUCAAGUCAGCAAAGGCCUAUUACGUUUUGUCUGAUGCUGCCAUGAGUCUUCAGAAGUAUGGGAGAGCACUGCGGUACAUUAAGCUAGCUUUGCAGAGCCACGAUACUUAUUGCUGUCUCUGCACCAAUAUGCUUUCUGAAGUGCUACUGUUUCUUUCUCAGUAUUUGACACUUUGUGGUGAUAUCCAACUCAUGCUGGCCCAGAAUGCAAAUAACAGAGCAGCACACCUUGAAGAGUUUAAUUACCAAACAAAAGAAGAUCAGGAGAUACUGCACAGUCUUCACAGAGAGUCCAGUUGUCAGGGAUUUGCGUGGGCAACUGAUUUGUCCACAGACCUGGAAAGUCAGCUUUCAGUUAGUUGUAAAUGUUAUGAGGCUGCGAAUGAGAUUUUGCAGUUUAGUGACUUAAAAAGCCAAAAUCCAGAACACUAUGUACGAGUACUGAAGAGAAUGGGUAAUGUUAGAAAUGAAAUUGGUGUGUUUUAUAUGAAUCAGGCCGCCGCAUUGCAAAGUGAAAGAUUAGUGAGCAAAUCUGUGUCUGCUGCAGAGCAACAGUUGUGGAAAAAAAGCUUUUCUUGUUUUGAAAAGGGAAUUCACAACUUUGAAUCCAUUGAUGACGCUACAAAUACUGCCCUUCUGUUAUGUAACACGGGAAGACUCAUGCGAAUCUGCGCUCAGGCGCACUGUGGGGCAGAGGAUGAAUUCAAGCGUGAGUUUUCACCAGAAGAGGGCUUGUAUUAUAACAAGGCUGUUGAUUACUAUUUGAAAGCUCUGAGGUCAUUGGGAGUACGAGACAUACACCCAGCUGUUUGGGACUCUGUGAAUUGGGAAUUGUCCACUACUUACUUUACUAUGGCAACUUUACAACAAGAUUAUGCUCCAUUAUCCAGAAAGGCUCAGGAGCAGAUUGAAAAAGAAGUCAGUGAGGCUAUGAUGAAGUCCUUGAAAUACUGCGAUGUUGAUUUGGUGUCUGCUCGGCAGCCUCUUUGUCAAUAUCGAGCUGCAACCAUCCACCACAGGCUGGCUUCCAUGUACCACAGUUGUCUGAGGAAUCAGGUCGGUGAUGAACAUCUUAGGAAACAGCACCGGGUGUUGGCAGAUCUUCAUUAUAACAAAGCUGUAAAGCUCUUUCAGCUUCUCAAAGAUGCUCCCUGUGAACUGCUGAGAGUACAGCUAGAAAGAGUCGCAUUUGCAGAAUUUCAGAUGACCAGUCAGAAUAGCAAUGUUGGAAAGUUAAAAACACUGUCUGGGGCUCUUGAUAUCAUGGUGAGAACUGAGCAUGCAUUCCAGCUCAUCCGGAAGGAGCUUAUGGAGGAAUUUGACCAGGGUAGUGAAACCACUCCAGCUACUGAUUCUUCUCCUAGUCUUAAUCAAGAAGAAGUGAUCAAACUCCUCAGUAUAUUUGAAUCUCGACUCUCAUUCCUUCUCCUUCAGUCCAUCAAACUGCUCUCUUCAACUAAAAAGAAAACAAGCAGUAACAUUGACGAGGACGUAGUCUUCAAAACCAACAAGCAAAUUUACUCCCAGCUUUUGAGAGCAACAGCAAACAAAAGCGCCAGUCUUUUGGAAAGAAUCGACAUCAUCAUCCAUCUGCUGCAGCAGCUCGCCCGCGGGGGCAGCGCGGUGAGUGGUGGGGUGGUCCAGUGACCGCGCACGGAUAUGCAGCCGCCAGCGUGCUGUCGGUGCCUUCUGGACACGGAGCUGCUUUGUCCUUUCGGUGCUGCAUUUCAUUAAAUGUGAGGAAAUAUCCACUUCAACAGGAAGAACAGUGGAAACGUGCAGAUCUUCCACAGCAGACAAGUUAUGGUGGGGUUCUUGGCUUCUUCAUUAAAGUGCUAAAACCAGAGUCAACCCAAAAGCUUCCCGCACUUAAUUCUGUGAGAAGAAUGUGGUUCCUCACUAGACUUUCUGUGAUGCAAUUACACUCUUAAAUAUUUUUAAAGUAUGUUAAGCUAUGAUUAUUUUGGAUGAAAUGUUAACUUGGGUCAAGGGAACUUUUAUCCAGAUAAUUUUAUAGGUUCAAAUGGGUUAAACCUUCUGUACAUCUACAAUGUUUUUUUUUAAAUUGCACAGAAAAGUGUACCCUUUUAAGAUUCAAUGCAAGAUUUCCUAAAGACUAGCCGUCAUGCAGUAGUCUGUAUGGGAUACGUAUUCUAAAGGGAUUCACUUUUCUUUGACUUUAUAUAUAAACAUUUGAUUAAGGAUAGAUACUACCCCAUUUUUUUUUCAUUUUUAACUUGAAACUGUGAAUAAAGGUGAGAAACCUAUUUUGGAUAAAAACUAUUUAUUUAAAAUAUUUUUGUAUUCAUCAUAUUGAGUUGUGAUUUGAACUCAGUGCAAUUAAUAAAUUUUACAAAGGUCAUAAAUUAAAAAUAAAAUG